CAGGCGGCCGCAUGAAACGCGCUUAGAUAGUUUUAUAUAAUUAUUCCAUUUUUAUACCCUACAACACUAUGUGUUGGGGGUAUUAUAAGUUUGAUUGGGCCAGAAUUUAUGUAACACCUCGAAAUAUUGAUUUCCCAUAUAGGAAAGUAUAUAUGGAUCUUCCUAGCUCGUUUUUAUUUAAAGUUCAUUAUUUUUUGUUUGUUUCGGAAUUUCAUAAUGUCGGAAAACACGUCAUUAGAUGGUCUUCGUCAGUUCGGUCUGCUCAUAGGAUUAAUUUAUGUAAUACACUUUGUGAUAUGUGCAAAUUUUACCACAAUAAAACUGCAAUAUUAUUUGGAAGACAAAGAGGCGACUGCAGCGGAUGGCCUUCGCUUUGACAGUGACAAAGAAGGAAUUUCGAUUUUGAUAAAUACGCUGACAUUUGAUAUUUGCGGAUUUCUGACGUCAUCUUUAUUAAUAUGGGGCAUUUUAAAGCAGAAGCAUUUGUAUUUCAUACCCUGGCUGAUUAUGGCAUUUUUCCUAAUACUCCAGACCGGCAUCGAACAUCUGGCGAGUGUCUACCAAUUCAUGUGUCACAUUGUGGAGCCGUUUAAUUAUCCCCAGAUAAAUGUUAAUGUUGAAGCAAUUAAAAUUUUAAUUUUUUCCACCACUUUGGUUGUCCAGAUAUUGUUUCACAUAACAAUACAAAAACUUUACAAGGAACUGGUGUUUGAACAUCAGACACGUAUAUUUGAGACAUCGAGUGCCACAUAUAUAUAUUACUUGGGCUGUGAGGAUGGAUGAAGACAGCAACUACACGCCAUUAGUAUUAUUAUUAUUAUUAUUUUUUUAUAAAAAGAAAAUACGCUAUUGCCAUUAUAUACACUUUAUUUUAUAUUUUUUGCAAGAGAAGUUCUUUGUUGCCAAGCCUCACUAACAUUUAGA